AUGCGACCGGGCACGGGUGAAGAAGGGAGCAAAGAGAAGGGCUCUGGUCGAUAUCAGACAUUCACGGUCCGUGGCUUGGAAGUCAAAAUGGAGCUUGGGCCUCUACAGCCGUGA